AUGUGCACACCUAUCGCCAAACAAGUUGAUACAUCGACUCGUCUCGAAUUAUAUAUUUUAAUAUGGCUCGAUAAACGACCAAGUAUUAUAGACACCCAACCAGAAAUACAAAAACAAUUACGAUCUAUCAUAAACAAUUUGAAAAUCUUUUAUAAUUUUGAUGAAUGUCGACAAUUUAUUGAGAAGAUCAAAGAUGAACAUUUGAUUAUAAUUAGUAAUGAAAAAUGGGGAAGACAGCUCGUGUCGACUAUGGACGAAUGGCCACAGAUCAAUACUGUCUAUGUGUAUUGUAUGUCUGAUCAACUCGAGGCAGCAAGGUCUGAAUUCAAGCAGCAUGCUAAGAUAACAGUCACAUCAAUUGAUGAACUAGUUCCAAAAGUAUUACAUGAUCAACCAAUUCGAGAAAGACGCGAAAGUUUCUUGUUCUUGGGUAAUUCUAAAGAACAACAAGCAAAUAGUGGUACGACGACGCCCAGUUAUUCGUUUCUACUAUUCGAAUUAUUUCUCGAUGGUAUUUUACUAACCAAUCGAACAGGCGACAAAGAUGAACUGAUUAACCUAUGUAAAAUUGAAUACAACGGGAAUGAAAUCGAAGGACGUCGAAUUGAUGAGUUUCAACAAACUUAUACACCAGAAACAGCUAUAACAUGGUAUACAAAAGAUUGUUUUGUCUACAGAAUUUUAAAUAAAGCACUUCGAAUGCAAAAUAUUGAUGUUUUACUUGCAUGUCGAUUUUUAAUUCGAGAUAUCCAUGACCAAUUGGUGAAGUUACAGCAAGAACAGAAUAUCGAUACAAUUACAGUUUAUCGCGGUCAAAUUAUACCAGUUGCAGAUUUGAAACGAAUGAAACGCAAUGAGAGAGAACUGAUCUCUUUUCAUAGUUUCCUAUCGACAAGCUAUAAUCGUUGUCAAGCGAUAGCAUUUGCUAUUAGCAAACCAGAUGAUGACAGCUUCAUAAAUGUGUUAUUCGAAAUCAAAUUUGAUCGGAGUCUAUCACCUUUACCAACAUCAAAACCAUUUGCUGAUGUACAGGCAUUGAGUUAUAUUUCUGAGGAGAACGAAGUUUUAUUUACAAUUGGCUCACAUUUCCGACUGAAUCGAACUCAUUAUGAUCAUGAAGAUCAUUUACAUAUUAUCGAAUUGAUGUAUGUCUCUGUUAGUCAAAUAAUGAAGGAUUACAUCAAUAAAGAUAUAUCUGAAAUGUCUGCUAGAUUCCACUCACAUAGUUUUUUUCGAGAGCAAGGAGGUUAUGAGCAGCAUCAAGAUGAGUACAAAAAUUUAAUAAAUAGAUUAUCAGACCAACAAUCAAAAGCUUUGUUUUAUAUUGCAGCCGGAAAUGGAGCUAGAGAACAACAAAAAUUUGAUUUAGCCUUGGAAUAUCUUCAAAAAGCUCUGAAUAUGUAUGAUUCAAUUUCUCCUCGAAACGAUAAAUUCAUUUAUCAAAUCAAGGCUUAUAUGCGUAUUGUUUAUGAACGAAGACGUGAUUCGAAGCAAGCAAAAAUUAAGUUUGACGAAGUAUAUAAUAAUAUACAAAAUACUUCUUCAUAUCGUACCGACACAUCAUUGUCAGAAAACAACUUGAUUUUGGAUUCUUAUAAUACAAUAUUAAGGCGUCAACAAAUAUAUCUCCCAGUUACUGUUGAUUAUGAUCAUCGAAGCCAAACAUACAGACAUACAAUCGGUAUCAAAUUCUAUGAAGAUGAACUUGAUAUCACCGUAUUCCAUUAUCAAAAAAUGUCGGCCAUUUUUACUACAACAUCAGAAAUAGGAUCUACUCUUUACGGUUCAUUUUAUUCUACACGAGAUCACUUAUUGUAUUACAAAAGACAGUUAGAGCAAUCUAUGAUGGAUGGAAAAUAUGAGACAUGA